AUGUAUCGCAAGCGAAAUGGUUCUCUCGGCUUCUCUUUCACCCGCUUCGCCAAUGCUGCCGUUCCCAAUUUCUUUGCCGAUGAGUCACCUACGCGGACGGCGGACUUGACCUCUUACCGUCGCGACAUGUGCUACAUGCAUCAAAUCGCGUCCCCAAAUCCAUAUGCUCUGGACGAGCGUUCCUUCUACGUUGUUGGCGUCGUGGACUCGGAGAGCGUGAGCAAGAGGGUGCACAAAACACUCAAGAAGCAUGAGAUUCUCAAUCCUCAUGAUGGCACUGUCGAUACCUACAAGAUCGGCCCCAAGUUUCCACACCAGCUCGCCCUUUUGAACAUCAACAGACAGAAAGACCUAGUUGGUAUGUUGUUCUGGUGGGAAGAGGAGUGUCAGAGGCUGCGGAAAUUGGAUGCCGAAGAGAAAGAGCUGAACACGUUGAUAAUGGAGUCGGAACGCAAUCUCACUAAGAUUGGGGAACAAGAAGAUUCGCAUGGGCCGAAAGAGACAUUGGAUCAACUCAAAUUUGCAAGAGAGAGGGUCAGGAUGAAGAGAAGGCAAAGACCCAGUCAAAGGCACCCCGACAUCGAAGCUGACCGAGACGAUAUUUUGUUGGCAUUCCACGGUCGAAGUAAAAGCGUAUCCAAUAUUAGCACUCGUCUUCCCGGAAAUCCCGGAAACAGUCAAGCAGGGCCGGUACAACGGGAACAACCACCACAGUAUUUUGCGAGUACACGAUAA